AUGUUCCCCAACACUAUCACCUUCGAUCAGAAGGACGAGCCAAGGUCUUGCCCCACCCACGCCCCCGCUGCACUAGUCCUCGACCCCAUAAUCGACGGCUUCAGACUAACUAAAGUACUGAUGGACGGGGGUAAUGGCCUGAACCUCAUUUAUGAGGACACACUCGACAAGAUGCAGUUCAACAGAUCCCACAUCGAGCAUAGCUAUACCACAUUCCGAGGAAUUAUCCCCGGCAGGGAGGCACGUUGUUCUGGACGCAUCACGUUGGACGUAGUGUUCGAUACUCCCGAUAACUACAGAUCCGAACCUUUGUUAUUCCACAUUGUGCCCUUCCACAACGGAUACCACGCCCUAUUGGGACGUGAGGCAUUCUCAAGGUUCCAGGCUAUACCACAUUACGGGUACAUGAAACUCAAAAUGCCAGGGCCCAAUGCUGUUAUCUCGCUCACCAGCAAUCAUAAUACAGCCCUCCGAGCUGAGAAUAAAACAGCAUCACUCGCCCUCGAGGCACUUUCGGAGGCCCUAGCAGCCGAAGAAUUAACAGUGCUCCGCACUACAGUUAAUAGGGACGACGUGGUCCUCAGUAAAAGGUCAAAAUACAAGUCAUUUAAACCUGCUGAUGAGAUAGUAAAAUUUCAAGUACAUCCGACAUACCCAAAUAAAACGGCGUCCAUCGGAGCACAGCUGGACCCCGCAGUUGACGAGGCACUACGGGUGUUCCUACGCGAGAAUUGGGACGUAUUCGCCUAG